UGCUCCACAUAUAAAUAUGGAGGUUAGUACUACCACUACCUUAACUCGCUCACUGUCCACUAUCUUGAUCUUCAAACAGUACAGACAACGCAACAAAUCAUUGCAGACUGGUCAUGUCCUCCACUGCAUCCGCGACACACAGCGAUCACAGUCACGGAAGCCACAGUCGCGAACGCCCUGAUCAUACCCACGGUCAUGACUAUGCAGGAGAGAACAAGAAACACUUCGACACGAAGGCGGAGGAGGUCGACGCUAUCCCCGAGUUCCGUACGCUAGGGCGCGACGUCGGCGCUUCUCUGCUGCGCACGUAUCCUGCACUCUUCGACCCUACGGCGACGGAGCUACUGGACUUUGCUUGUGGGACUGGGCUCGUGUCAUUCGAGAUCGCUCCGCAUGUGAAGUCUCUCUUGGGUGUCGACAUCAGCAGCGGCAUGGUCGACCGCUUCAGCGCGCGCGCCGCUGGGCUCGGCAUCGCACCCACCAAAACACACGCCAUCGCCACAGAACUGACUGGCUCGGGGGGCGAGCUCGGCGGCGCAAAGUUCGACGUCGUCCUCGUACGUCUUAUCCCUGGCGCCGCCACCCGCCUUGUGCGCCGAUACUUGGCACCAUUAGUCCUUGCUCAACUGCGUAAGCCCUCUCCCCAUGUCUGUCUGCUCUACUGUAUCUCUUGUCUCUCGCGUCGCUCGGCGGUGCUUGUAUACCGUGUCCUAUCUGCCCAACCCCCGCUCCACUCUGCAUUGUACUCGCCCUCAUUCGGACCAUUAUACCUGUCUUGCCGUCGAGACUCUAGAUUUCAUCUUGGCUUGGAAGAUACCCUUGGAGCGCUCACGGACGCUACACUAUAA